AUGCUCAAUGGAUUGAGCCCCCAGGCUGGUAAAAUCUGGAAGAAGGCCAAUCUUACCUUCUCCCUUGAUGGCAAGCACAUGACCAAAACCUUCCUUAUCUGUAACACAGGGUCUCAUGCUGCCAUCUUGGGAUUGAAAUGGUUGGAUGCCCACAAUCCAGAAAUUGAUUGGAAUUACAAGAACCCCCUUGAAGGAGUACCCCCAGAAUACCACCAGUGCGCUAAGGUAUUUGGGGAGGAAGAAUUCUAUAAGCUUCCCCCACACCAGCAUUAUGACAUUGGGAUUGAGCUCACCAAAGAAGGCCCCUUGAAUUCUCCCCUGUACAGUAUGACAGACACCAAAUCCACUACUCUUAAGGAUUGGCUCAGGGACAAAUUAAAGGCCAGCAAGGUUUGCCCCAGCAAGUUGUCCAUCAGUUCACUGGUCAUACCAAAAAGAAUGUGUACCUUACCUUCCCCUGAUGACCUCAUGGCCCAGCUCUGCAGUGCCAAGAUCUUCACCAAACUGGAUUUGAGAUGGGGUUACAAUAAUGUCUGUGUCAAAGAGGGUGACAAGUGGAAAACAGCCUUCCAAACUAAGUACAGCUUGUACAAAUCCCUGGUCAUGACCUUUGGCCUAACUAAGGCCCCUGCUGCCUUCCAACACUUUAUGAACAAGCUAUUCAAGGACCUACUGGAUGUAUGUGUCAUCAUUUACCUUGACAACAUCCUAAUCUACUCCAAGGAUAACACAUCACACAUGCAGCACAUUCAUGAGGUUUUACAGUGUCUAAUGGACAAUCAGUUAUUCUGUAAGGCUUUGAAAUGCACAUUCCACAUAUCAUUGGUCAAGUAUCUAGGGAUCAUUGUAUCAGACAAGGGUUUUAGCCUGGAUAAGCUCAAGAUCCAGGCUGUCCAAGAAUGGCCAACGCCCACCAAGGUUAAGGAGGUACAAUCCUUCCUUGGAUUUGCAAAUUCCCUAUGCUGCUUUGUUGCCAAUUUCAGUCACAUGGCCUGGCUGCUACACAACCUGGUAAAGAAGGAUACUCCCUGGAAAUGGUUGGAAAAGGAACAAGGGGCUUUUGAAUCAAUAAAAGAAGCCAUCACCAACGCCCCUGUAUUGGCCCAUGCGGACCCAUCAAAGCCAUACUUCCUGGAGACCAAUGCAUUGGGAGUAGCCCUUGGUUCCAUACUGAGCCAAUGCCAAGAAGACAGCCGUCUACAUCCAUUAGGGUUCCUGUCAGAAUUGCUCAAAGGUGCCAAACAGAAUUACAACGCCCACAACAAGGAACUACUAGCCAUAAUCAGGUCAUUCAAAUAUUGGUGCAUCUUCUUGGAAGGCACCCUGCACCCUGUCACUGUCUUCACCAACCACCAAAACCUUGAAUACUGGAAGGAGUCCUGGACUUUCAACUGUUGCCAUGCCAGAUGGCCCCUCUUGCUAGCAGGAUACCAUUUCCAGGUUGUAUACUGGCCCAGCAAACAGUCUGGCAAGCCCAAUGCACUAUCUUGCCGCUCUGACCAUGCAGAUGUCCCUCCUGGCAAUCAAACUAUGCUUCCAGAACCUGUCUUUGCCAAUAUUACCCUAGUCACUCCCAAAAAAGAACUCCAACACCAGAUCAAGGCUGCCCUGGACCAAGACAAAUCCCUGGAGGAAAUACUACAAUUCCUCCAGAAUGAGUCCAAGGCCCCCCCAUCCAUCAAACAGGCAUUCAAGGAUUACAAAAUGGAAGCUGGCCUAUUAUUCUACCAAGGACGCAUUUCCCCUGGCAGGCCACCCAGGCAGGCAACGGACACUGGAACUACGAUCAGGAAACCCAAGUAUGCAUCCAUUCCACCUCAGCUGCUUGACCUUCCUACUAGACCCUGGCAACAUAUUUUGUACAAUAUGAUUGUAGACCUCCCAAGGGAUGGUAACCAUGACUCCAUACUGGUCAUUGUGGAUAGUUUCACCAAAUAUGUAACUCUGGUGGAAUGUUCCAAGAAACUCAAGGCCCCAGAAUUAGCUCUAUACCAAUGCCUGGGGAUAGACCCUCACUACUUGUCUGCUUACCACCCCCAAAGCAAUGGACAAACAGAACACGUGAAUCCAUCUGUGGAACACUUCUUGAGGGCCUACUCAGGAGUCAAUUGGAAGGAUUGGUUCAAAUGGCUCCCUAUGGUGGAAUUUGCAUACAACAAUGCAGUUCACAGCAUGACCAGCAUGACACCCUUCAAGGCACUCCACAGAUAG